AACCUUAAACUUCUUUUUAUUGUUAUUUGAAAUAAAAACGGCCCCGUUAAAAGCCAAAAAACGACACAGCAACAGGGAGCCGUCGAAUACAGCACAGUUUCCAAGUGCGUAUAUCAAGUGUUUGAUAAAAUGACUAGCUGAGAUUCGUGUGCGCAUUCCUCUAUCAAUUGCCCCAUAUAUGUCUUUCCUCAUCACAUUAUCAAAUGGAAAGCCAAUUAAAGGAGACGAUCUUCCAGAUUUUCAAAGAAUUUUUAACGAGGGUUGCAAAGCUUGAGGAACUCGGUUCUGUUGGAAGUAGAUUACUUGUUGGGUUUCAACAAGGGCUUGAAUUUCUUCGACGGCCUCCAAUUAACAGGAAAUCUGAGUUAGUAGAAAAUAUCAUUAGAACUAAUGAAACAGAGCGGGUUAAAUCCUAUUUGGCAGCUGGUUGUAUCAACAAUCAUGACAGAAUACAAAAUUUAAACAAGUUAAAUACAUGUUUGGUUGGACUCCGUGACCAUUUAACUAAAGCAAAAAAUAUACUAAAUGAACUUGAAACUCUUCUGGAGGAUUUCGCAACUGCAAUUAAAACUGCCGGUGGAAGUUCAUCAAUUUUGAGGAAUGAAGUUUUAGGUGAAAAAUUCGAUCAGCAAGCAACUACUAACCAGCAGGAAACUUCUUCACUGGACCUUCAAGAAUUUGAAAUGACAGAUUAUGCUGCACUUAUGGCUAGCAUUUACAGUAUGGUAAAGCAAGACUAUGUGAUGCAGGAAAGGAUUGUUACAUCUCUAAAUCUCAAAUCUUUAUCUGGAGAAUUGGAGAGCUACUUCCUUAUGUGGUCUUUGCGUCCUUUUGUCAAUGACGAUAUCAUGCAUCAGGCAUGGAAGCUUAUUCAUUAGCCAUUGAAUUUUUAUUUUUCUUUCUAUGUAAACUUGUCUAAUAGUCAAGGCAUUUUUGUGCAUGUUAUAAGCUUUUUAAUGUAUGUAGUCAUACUUUGAUGGCAUAGAUCCUAACUGUUUCAAAGCCUCAAAUUCAGAAAUAGCAAACAACGGAAACAUUAUAUUCCAUAGCUCGAAAACUACCAUGCGGUUCUGGAUGUCGCAAACUUAUUUUAGAACAGUUUAUCCUUUAUUUCCAUUGACAAAUUGAGUAAGAAGAUAUAUGUAUUUUUCUUUUUGAUUUCUUGAACAAAGAAUUGUUGCCAUUGAAUUGCUA